AGCAGAGGAUGGCGUCCCUUGACCUCAGCGUGCCACGGAACGGCUCACGGGAAAGUGAUGGAGAUGGGAUGAGAAGAGAUAAGUGUCCUGCACUGCAAAUGGUCUCCUGCUCCGCAUUUGUUGUUUGCUAGUCUGGAGUCAACUUUGGUGGAUAAAGAAGGCUGAUGACUCUAAGAUGUUUGACAGAAUCAAAGCAUCUGAUGAAGCUUCUGCUUCUUCAGCACAAGGAACAGAAAGGCAUGGUGUUGAAGGCUCUGUACGACAGGACAACAGUAGCAGUUUACACACAAGACAGCAAGACCAUUCUUGGCCUGGAGUAUCUACUGUACAAAAUAGACAAGGAUACUGCAACUGUUGCCAUGUACACUACAGUAACCUGGAACAGCAUAUUUUCAGCUCCCAGCACAGACAUUUUACCACUUACUGCAGGAAUCGUAUGGGUGCCAGUAGCUUGAUGGAGCGUUUCUUGCAAGAUGUUUUGCAGCAUCAUCCACACAGAUACCAUGACAACAGACCAAGCUAUGACGACAUGCCACUCCCUGUCACUCCAGAGCCUGCUAGGACUGCUUGCCUGUCCCUGGAAGAGAUGGACAGAAAGAGGAACAGAGAGAGACAGGAGAUUUCCAGGAAAGACCAGGGGUCCACUGGUGAAAUACAAUCUUCUGCCCCAUGCCUGUCUCGUAAGGGUAUAAAGAAAACAUCUGCGACACAAGCAUUUAUUGAAAAACUAGAAAGAGGGCAGCAACAUGCUAUAAGAAUAUCCAAGCGCUCUGUGGGCAUUUGUAGCAAUGAGAAACGGGACACCCUGAAAGAUGCUCAGGUUGAAAAUCGUAGCCAUGAAGGUCAGUUUACAGCUGUGAGUCCUGUAUCUCAGCGAUUUUCUGUCAGUCCUUUAAUCCAUAGUUCUUCUGUUAAUCCUAAAACAGGAAAAAAUGUUAAGAAUUUGGCAGCAGCAUCAAAUCUGAUUUCACAGAGUAGAUGUGGUAAAACGAGAAUGGAGGUACACAAUAGUGAUGUGUUAUUGAAACCAUGCUUGAAUCCUGGUCCGGCACUGGUUCACCCAAAACGUCCUUCCGUUUCUCAUCAGAAUACUCUGUGCAGCAACAGCAAUCCUUUAUGUAUUACCUCAGGUCAAUCACUCUCAAAACGAGAUAGUUUACGAACUCAGGAUGAAACUUUUGUGUCUGAUUUCCAUCUCAGGGAUACUGUGGGUAUCAGCAGCUCCCUAGAUCCUGGGACAUCCCCACAACUAGCAAGAUGCAAAAAAUUGAAGAUGAACAGAGGUGGUGAAAGUUCAGUGGAUGAAACUAUUGAAGGUGUUAUUUUGAAAUACUGUCAUGGCAGAAGUACAUCUAAAGAAGUUUAUUUCAAAGAAGAGAAGAAUCCCUGUUCAACUUUUUCAUCAUUUCUGGACCAUACUCACUUAGAGGGCUCUGAAAUGAGUUUUGACUGUGUUGCACCUAUUCAGGCAGGAACAGACUUACCCAAGGCAGCUAUAAAAGAUAUAGAAACCCUAAAAGAGGUCCAAAUAAGUUUGCAAGAUAAAGACUACGGAACACAGCUCUCUUCUGUUUUAAAAAGUGAGUCAAUAGAGAAAGUAGAAGCAGUGAAACAGGAUGUUGUAGUUCAUACAGAAGAGCCUGUCCUUCCAGCUCUGCCUCAUGUGCCUCCUUCUUUUGUGGGAAAGACCUGGUCUCAAAUAAUGUAUGAAGAUGAUAUAAAAAUUGAAGAACUUGUGCGUGAUUUCAGGGAAGGUCGUUUUCGCUGCUACUUUGAUAGUGAAUCCUCAGCCAACUAUACAGGGAAGAGAAUCAAGAAAAAAAGGCAGAAGGAUGAAAAAAGUAACAAUAUUGUUGAGGGUAAUAGAAGAGAUAGUGCAUCAUUUAAAGCAUUGCCAGAAUUUAACGAUGCUCUAAGUGAUGGCUCUGAUUUUCAUAAUCCAUCUGUAGCUUCAGAUAGACUAUGCAAUGCACAGAAGCUUAAAAUGCCUAGGAAAAGGACAUGGCGCCUGGCUUCAAGGUGCCAGGUAGUCAAAGUCAGUCAUGGCACCCAGACAAGUCUAUUGAACUACCCUGUAGCAAAAAGAAAGAUGUCUAGAAGGGAAUCUGAUCCAGCUGAUCAGAAAUCAAGCAUUGUGUGGCCGGAGAAUGAAAAAACUCCCAACAUGAAAACUAGGCUAUGUGCCCUUAAACUUCCUGAGUCCUAUAGCAAAAUUAUGAGUCCUGUACAGCCUAAGACAGUGGUGUAUGUACUUUCGUGCCCAGAGAUAAAACAGUGUAAAAGUAAACCUCUGGACAUUCCGAAAAUGAGGAAAAAUCGUAACUCCACAGAUAGCAAAGACUCUGUAAGGUAUAAAUACAAACAGUGUUCUUUCAAGUAUUAUGACCCACUAACAAAUCGAAUUCUGAAGAUGCCUCCGAAGAGUCCAGGUGGAGAAAAGACCAAAAAGCCCUCUCACGUUCGACAGCUUUUCAAAAGUCUCAGCUUUGAUGCAAACAGGAAACUAGCUGAUGCACAGAGAGAAAGCACGCCAUCAAAGUCACUCAAUUGGUCAGACUUGCACAGUUCAUCUUCAGCAUCUUUCCUGCCGGAUCCAGGUAAAGGGAAUGAUGCAGCCUCAAGUCAAAAGGCUGAUGGAUCUUCUGUUUCCACAGAAAGAACGGAUUGUCUGCUAUCUGGUCAUUCUGAGAACUCUUUUAAACACCUGAUCAUUUCACCUUUGAACUCCUGCCAAUCUGCAGUAGAAGGAGAUGUUAGAUUAACUCCAUUUAACAGCAGAGUUACCAAAACUCCUCUGACCUCUGUCAGGAGUGAGCGGUUGGAGAGGGAGAGUCCAAAGGCAAUAUGGAAGAGAAAAGAAGGCACUAACAAAGAACCAGUUUUUUCCAGAAAGGCUGCAGGACCAAAGUCUGUCAGAUGUACUGUCGGUAGGAGAGGAAGCAGAGUAGUGGCAGGCAAACAAACUUCCAGAUCUAAAAACCAGCAAAAAGAGGGGAUAAGAAGGAAACUUCGUCCUCGUGCCCAGAAAUCUGCUUUGUCCAUCCACAGGUGCCAGACAAGAAAAACUACAGUGGGAAAGCACCCUAAGAAAGAAAAGCCUGAUGCUAAAAAAUUAAAAGUGAGGAGGAAACCAAAAAGGACUUUUCUGAACUCAACAGUUGUCACUGGGAUUCCUGAAAAGAGGCAGAAAGUCAUGUCGGAAUCUUUUCCUAAGGAGCCAGAGCAGGCUUCUUCCAAAGCCAGGAACUGGGAAGUAAGUAGAGAUCAGGGUCACCCUAGCACUGUGAACCGACCCUCUAGAAGAACUUCUGCUGUACCAUUACUUCGAAACUGUCUUGUUCCUCCAGGUGAGAGCUAGCUACCAAAAUAAUUUGAGGGUUUUUUUCUGUAAUCGGCACCUGGAAUGAGAUUGAAGAAAAGGAAAUGGAACAGAAGGAGAUCAUAGAUGAAGCAGUUGAAGUGCUAGAGCUGCAGAAAGUGCAAAGCCAGUCUGUUGUGAAACAGGUACAGCUGUAAACUCAGCUCUUGUUCCUGGAAUAUGGGGACAUAAUGUAUUGCACUGUUCUACUGUGUAAAGCUGCAGAAGGUGUGUGUUUGAGUUAAAAAGCACUUACAACCCUCAUUACUAGACUUCACCUGUUUAUCAGAAAAUGAGCUUGAAUAGUAUCAUAUUGUUUUUAUGGUAUUACCAGUGCGUACUAGUGCACUGUAAUAAGGUAAAUUAGAAGCUGUAUUAAUUGUGCCUAUUCUCAUUUUUCCAUAGAAUUCUAAAGUGCAAAAAAUAACUUGAUUGUUAUGCUUGAAGUUAAAAUACAGAUACAUUAAUUUGGACUGAAUUUUGUGUAUGUAUUUGUGUAAAUACACACCUCCUUCAAUGCAUAAUAUAUAUUUGCCUAUGGAGUGGCAUUAAAAUUAAUACAGUAUGAUACAAUUCAGAUCAAUUCAGUGCUCUCUUGAAGUAUAAUUGUACAUGUUUUUAUAUUGACUUUUUUCCUGAAACCAUGUCCAAAGCAGUUAUUUUAGACAAAAAGUCACUGUGGGCUCUUGUCAAGCAAUAACGGACCAUGCUGGUAAGGAAAUAUGUCUCUCUAGGGCACUGUUCAAAUCAAGUGGUGGUGGCUAAAGUGAAAUCUCAAGUUCCAAAAGAAAUACAAGAUUAGGGUCUGGUGGAUUUUUUUUAUUAUUAUAAUUUUAUUUAAUAUAUUUAUUUGUUUGGGUUUUGGUGUGUUUCUUAAUAGCUUAUUGAUCAAUUCUGUAGGUGAAUUUCACAUUCCUUAAUGGGGAGGGACGGAAAAGUUAUAAUGCGAACAAAUAGCAGUGAGUUGCUCCAGAAUGUCAGCCUUAAAUUUUAUUUUCUGUGCGUUUUAAACUUUAAUUUGGUGUACCAUUUGUUAUAUAUUUAUUUCUGUAGUUGAAACUUUUCAGUAAAAUAUUUAAAUAAAUCUAAAGCAGCAUCCAGUUAAAUGUAUUGGAGUUCAGAUAUUUGUUUAAACAGAUACGAAGAAUCUGUUUAAAAUAUUUAGUUGAAUUAAAAUCUUAUUCCAUAGUGAUUCAUGUUUGGCCACCAAUGCUCAAACUACUGUGAUUUUAUGGUGAAAAAAAAGACCAUAGUGUUUUGUUUUAGGUUUUGGGUUUGUUGUUGGUUUUGGUAGGUUGUGGGUUUUUUUUGUGUUUUGUUUUGAGGGUUUUUUAUGUUUGUUUGGUUUUGGUUUUUUAGUUAUUAUGAUGACAGCUUAUUUAAUGUGUUCAGGAAACAAAAGCUCAGUCUUGCAGGUAGUUCUGUGCUUUAAAAUCCAAGAUUAAUUGUUCCUUUUUAUUAAGUUAAGCUUAUAGUUAAAUGUCAUCACAAUGGGGGCUCUGGUUUGUAAAUCUGCAUUUUGGUAUAUUAUAUAAUCUCUCUUACUUCAGAGGUCUUUGUAAAUUCUGUAGUUGUGCAAUACAUCUUUAAUCAUAGAAAAGAUCAGACCCUUCUGUCUUUGCCAUUGAACACAGUAUCUGUGCAUUUUCCCUGAAAAAAUCAUUCUUGAUUCAUUCUCUGAAGUGCCAAGGCUCACUAGUUUGGCUUGAGAUAAAGGUGAACUUUUAAAUACUUUAUUUCAAUAUACACUAUUUGAAGAAAAUAUAAAAGCUGUCAUUAUAAACCAGUUGUUCAAAAAUUGAUUUAGGGAUUUUUUUUUUAAUGUAUGUGCAUAUUUCCCAGCAUAAAUAAAAGAUGUGCAUGUACUGAAGCCAGCUGGAUACUAAGCUUCUGUACAGAUCAAGAAUUAUUUGACAGAUUUUUAUUUCUUUUUUUAAUUUAUUUUUUAAAUAAAAGCUGACUUCUAUGGAUGAAUUUUCCUCUGGUUGCCAGUAGACACAGAAUCUUAUGACUGUAUUGCAAGUCACUGGAAAAUGAAGGGUUAUAAUAUGAGUUCUCAUAGCCCUCUUUACUGAUUGUGCCUGUAUAAUUUAAUAUUUUGUCUAAUAUAAAGCUAAUUUUUUAAAGCAAAGUUUUAAAGGAAUGGUUUUUAUAGAAAGGUUAAUUUUUAGAUAAAGCAAAAGAAGAUUUUUAAAUAAAGUUUGUUUUAAAGCAAAGCUUUAAAUUAACCCUAUGGAUAAGUCCCAUCUAACAUAUUUUUAUGAUACAAGAAUGUUUUCCUAUCUAACUUCUUUCAUCUUGCUUUUCACAGUAUUGUACACAUGAAGAGCAUGAAUUGUUUUGUGUGUAAAUAAGGUUUAAUGCACACUGUACUUUCUCAAGAUCACUACUGCGUAUUUGUUUACAGCCAAAAGUACUGUUCUCCAUGUUCAUUCAUUGCAAGCAUGUGUUUCUCCAGCACACAACUUCUCCUUGAAACCCUGAGUAAUAAAACUAUCUUGAGGCCUAUAGAAUGAUUAAUAUUUCUAACUUGUAAUGUCUUUUUUAUUAUUAUUCAUUUUAAUAAUAGACCCCCUUUUCAGGGUAGGUUUUUUAAAAGAAAAAUUAAUUCUAUUUAAAUAAAAGUGUAAGAAGCUGUAUAUUUUCCUUAAAAAACAUAAAACCAAAAAACAAACCAACAAGUAUUAAAUGUAACAAUUUUUUAGAAGAAUAAGACUCGGGAUACAAAUCUGGAAACUUUUCUGUGGUUGAUAGUCUCAAAAUAAGAUUUGCUCUAAGUUUGGAUGCCUUGUUUCUGACUGUUCAGAAACCUGUUCCCUGUGCUCAAUGACUACUAGGAAAAAGUUGGGGAUAUUGUGAUAUGAGAAGUAAAUGCAGAAACUACCUUGGAAAGAAAGCAUACAAAAAUGUGGAGACACUCAAAAUACCAUGUGCAUGAAAGAGAAAAGAGAAGCUUUCUGGGAUCUUAAGGAAUUAGUCGAAUACUUUUCCAGUUAGAUAAAUAAUACAGGUUUUGUCGUCAUUAUUAAAUAGCACAUUGAUUAGCAGCAUGGCUGAAACUUUGAAACGUGAUGGUGAAGUCUACACUACAUGGAAACCUUGAGCUGAAAUGCUUUCUCAGUGAAACUGAUGGGAGGAUUGGCUGGGGAGUAGUUUUUGGUUUUUUGGUUUUAACAUUAGUGGACAAAGAUGUUUGUCACUGUGUUUGUAUGUCUUAAUGUUAAAGCAAGAAAAGGUAACCUGAUUAAAGAGGAAUAAAUUCAUGCUUUUAUAAUCUAAUUGGCAGCAAUUAGAUAAAGGAUAUUUUAUAACAGUUGAGGAAAAUGUCAUUUCUUCUUCUAUGCAUAUGUAAUGUUGACCU